GAUUCCUGUCUGCUGUCGGGGUAUUCAUUAUCCUCAUGCUGCUGCUCUUCCUAUAUAUUAAUAAGAAGAUGUGUUUUGAAAAUGUUGGUGGCUUCCCAGAUCUUGAUUCUGGAUACACUACAAGAACAAAUUCACGAGAUAAACUUUGUUAGAAUAAAAAUACAUAUUCGUUCCUCACACAGUUAUCUUAUUUUUGAAAAUAAUGAAUUUUAUUAUGGCUAGUUGAUGCUGCAGUUGAUAGAAGACUGUCAUUUUGCUGGUUGAUUGUGGCUUCAUUUCAAGAUAUUUAUUUUUGAUACUUAACUUAUUAUUUUCAAUGAAUGUUGAAUGGAAAGAGCAAAGCUGCAGCCUCCCCUGGUAAAUGUAUCGAGUUUGAGGUAGCAAAAGCAAAUAGCUAUGAAAUAGAACUUGAAGAAAUGAUGUUGACCUGUUUGUGAAAUGGAAGAUCUUUCCGUAUAAAAUUUUGUUUUGCUGCUGAAUAGAUUGGACAAAUGGCAUUUUUCAGAAACUUCCACCAAAAUCUGAGUCUUCCCUCUGUGUCUUCUCUGGUGGACACUCUCAGCAAUGCUGUAGAUGAUCUGACUAGUGUUGUUGGAGAAGUCAGCUACAGCGUAGCUGAUACAGUAACUGAACAAGUAACAAGCAUGAUAAAUGGCCUUCGUGCAGAAGAUGAAAGCUCCAAAAUACAGAAUGAUAAACCCGUGCAAGGUGGUAAAGAGGAAAAUACACCAUCAUUAACUCAGCCUAAGGAAAUUUAUAUGAAAGCAAAGAAUGGUAUUGCUGAGACUCAUUAUUCCAAUUCAUUAGAUCUUGUAAAAAAAGGUACAAAUGAAGAUGGAGUAUCUGACCAUGUCAUGGGCAAAAACCAGUGCCAGUUGAAAGGCAGAGAUAGUAAUGGUCAUUUAGAUGAUACGGAAGUACCUUGGGAUUUGAAGAAUGUAGGAAGAUCUUUCAAAAGGGAAGCAGUAGGAGAAAAUGAGUAUUUUGCAAAUGAUAAGUUACUGAAGGAUGGUAGCCUGAAAAGUAAUAAACUUACAGUGGAGGAAUCUACUGAGAAACAAGGUAGUUGCCUAUAUGCAGUAUCAGAUAAUUCUAAGAAUCGAUUGAAUAAAAAAAACAAACAACAAUCUCCUGGAAUCAAAUGUAAUGAUUCUGAAGAAGUGCACAGUAUGACUGUUCUGCAAGAUUUAGAAACAAAAUGUGUUGAUGUACAGAAGCAAAAAUUAUCAAACUCCAGCUUGAGGAAGAUGCACAAUGAACAUCCCAAUUGCAUUAAUGAAAUCAAAGAAAAGAAAUCUGAAACCUUUUUUGACAGAAAAGGAAAAUCUAUAACAAAGAGUGAAGGUGAUGCAUCAGCUACAAUUGUAAAAAUAGGUAAAAAGAAAUACUCAGAGAAAUCAGAAAAUAAAUCAGGAGAGCUAUGUAAUAAGAAGACAGCAGGAAAAGACAACUCUUAUAUGAGUAAAGAUCAGCAUGGUUCAUCAUCUGAGAGUGAAGAUGAAGCACUGGGUAAAUAUCAUGAGGCCUUGUCUAGAACCCAGAGUUCCAGGCUGCCAGUGGUGGAUGGCAGACAGCAAAAAAACUAUGUAUGGGAAACCAGACAAAAAUAUAGUCCCCUGUCUGCAGAAUAUGAUGGAUACAGUAGUGAAGCCUCAAUAGAUGAAGCUAACUGCAUUCAGAGGAUGAGAAGGACACCUCCGCUAGAUGAACUGCAGCCACCUCCAUACCAGGAUGAUAGUGGUUCUCCUCAUCUUUCAUGUACGCCUUCUGAAGUUGGAGACAGUAAAUGUGAAUUUUCCCAGUGUAGCAACAGUCCAAGAUGUUCAUAUAAGUGUCCGAGUGAGGGAAGCACAGGACACGAAAUAGAAAGUUUUCAUAACAAAGGAUAUGAAGAGGAUGUGCCAAGUGAUAGCACAGCUGUCCUGAGUCCAGAGGAUAUGUCAGCCCGAGGAUCAUCUUCACAGCUUCCUAAACCUUUUGAUCCUGAGCCAGUAGCUAAAUAUGGCACACUGGAUGUGACUUUUGACUAUGACUCACAGGAACAGAAGCUUUUGGUGACAGUGACAGCUGUCACAGAUAUUCCUACAUACAGCAGGACAGGUGGAAGCUCAUGGCAAGUACACCUAGUUCUUCUCCCUAUAAAGAAACAGAGAGCAAAAACCAGCAUCCAGCGGGGACCAUGCCCUGUCUUCACAGAGACAUUCAAAUUUAAUCACGUUGAGUCUGAGAUGAUUGGGAAUUAUGCAGUUCGCUUUAGACUGUACAGCGUACGUCGCAUGAAAAAAGAGAGGAUUGUGGGAGAAAAGAUUUUUUACUUAACAAAAUUGAAUCUUCAAGGGAAGAUGUCAGUGCCAGUGAUAUUGGAACCUUCUUACAGUCUGUCUGGUUGUGGCUCUCAAAUGAGCAUGUCAGAAGUGUCCUGCAGCGAAAGUACCUCCUCUUGUCAGUCUCUGGUGCAUGGCUCAGCUCCAGAAAUCCUUAUUGGCCUCCUUUAUAAUGCUACAACUGGAAGAUUAUCAGCAGAAGUGAUAAAAGGCAGCCACUUCAAAAACUUGGCAGCAAACAGACCACCCAAUACAUACGUUAAGUUAACACUGCUGAACUCCAUGGGGCAAGAGAUGUCCAAAUGCAAAACUUCAAUCCGCCGAGGACAGCCAAAUCCAGUAUACAAAGAAACCUUCGUUUUCCAAGUUGCACUGUUUCAGCUUUCAGAUGUGACCCUCAUAUUGUCUGUAUAUAAUAAGCGCAGCAUGAAACGAAAAGAGAUGAUAGGGUGGAUUUCCUUAGGUCUUAACAGCUCAGGAGAAGAUGAACUUAAUCACUGGACUGAGAUGAAAGAAUCUAAAGGACAGCAAGUAUGUAGAUGGCAUACUUUACUAGAAUCUUAAUGGACGGUACAAAGUGCAGUUGUGGUUCUAAGGGAGUUUUGUCUUUCAAGAUGAUCAUUAUUUCUGGUCACAGUCAACAGAUUGGUUGUGGAAAUGGAAAAUGAAAAUUUAAAUCUACAUUCCAUCUUAAAGAGUGCACAACAUGCAAAAUGGCGGGAUUUAAUAUAUAAUCGUCGUUUAGUAUCAGGCACUUCCUUGGUGUUAGAGGAGCCUUGCUAUAUGCAAACAUGUUAGCAAUCCCUCCCCCAGCCACCUGAUGCUGUAUUUGUUUGAGUUUGUUUUGUGUUUUUUCAAUUCAGUAAUAUUUUAUGUAAGGUUCUCCAAAUUAGCGUACGCUCCUUCUUGUGUACUUUUUGUAGUGCUCUUACACUGUAGCUUCUGACCUGCCUGCAUUCAGAUUAAGGGUCAAUAAUUUGCACUAUGAGAAAAAGUUGAUGAUCUGUGAAGAAAAAAAAUCAACAGCAAUGAAAAACACCACCACAAAAACCAAGCCCACCAGUGGAGAAGAACAUUUAGUAAUAUGGCAUAUAUGAAUAUACUGUUGUUUAACACUGAGUUUCUUUCCAGGAGCUUAGUACAAUUAAGUUUUCAUUUUUGAUAUCCAGUUGGUUUGAAAAAUACUAGCAUUUGGGCAUCAGGUGAACUUUGACAUAAAAUAAAUGUUUCUUCAGUCUGUGACAGGAACGAGCUCUCUAUAUGGCAUAAAUUGGGGUUUUCCCUUUGCCUGUACUUUUGCCUAAUGCAAAGAGACCAGAUCAUUAGUUUGGUCCCUUCCAAAUCUCCUUAGACAGGUUGUACUGUAAAACUAUGUAACUUUCUGUUGAAAGCACCUCCUGUAUUCGUGUAUUCCAAUGUAGGAAGCUCAUAGAGCACGAUUUUACUAAAAUAUUUUUUCGUUAAAAAAAAUUUGAUAUGUAUUUCUUUAAAAUGUCAGCAGUUAGAAGUUAGGUUGAAAGACUGAAGGAAGUGAAAGCAGUUGAACUGCUCAGAAUGAAUGAGAAAUAUCGUGACUUCUGUUAGAAUAGACAUUCGUUUGAGCCUUUUCUGAGCUGUGUUAGGGAUUACUGUAUGCCAUUUGUUGGAAGUACAGGUCAGACCAGAAUUUUUUAUCUUUCUUCUUGGAGAAGACAACAUUAGUGAGGUUUUUUUUUUGUUUUUUUUUUUUUUCAGUGAUUUGCCAGCAAAUGAAUUAAUAUUCACACCCAACACAGAAAUUCUCUUUGCUUAUAUUCAGGUUGGGAACAGCAGCUUUCAAACAACAAAAGGAGCCACAGUAUCACAAGAAAAGUUUACUAUCAAAUGAACACUUCUGGCUUCCACUGAAAUUAGGGAAAUAUCUGUGCUUCUGAGAUUCCUAUUUGUCCCAAAUAUUUUAACUGGAAUCACACUAACUGUCCGACUGCUGAAUCCAAGUCAGAUUACUGAAACUGUGGAUUAUUGAGUAAACGUUAUUUUUUUAAACGCUUCCCAAUUCAAAUACUCUCUUUGCCUGUAGAGAUGUUUCAUUUAAAAUUUUAAUUGUUGCUGUAUGGAAAGCAAGCAAAUUUGUUUUUCUUAUAAAUGAUGGUGAUGUCUUACUGUUUUUUAGCACUUGGUGGGUAGAAGACAGACAUUUUGGAUACUAUUGAGAGAAUUAGUGGUAGCCUAGAACAUUCUCAUUAGGACAUUUUUUUUUUCAUCUCAGAUUCCUUUAUAAUACCUUUGAACAAUCCUGGCUUUAGGGUACACAGUCAAGUACAGUGAGACUGGAGACAGUGACUAUACUAUACUAAAGAAAUUUCAUGUGGUUCUCAAAUUCUCAUACUACUUAACAAGUUCACUAGGGCCUUUUUAAAGACUACUGUAAUUCCACUUCUUAGUUUAUUUGGUGCCUUCUGAAGGGUUUAUUUGCAGAGCCAGGUUUUCAGAUUUAAAGAUUAACAGGCCUGAUUUUUAAUCUGUUAUUACAUUGCUGCUUCAUUUACAGAAGCUUUAUUUAUUAAAUACAAAUAAUCCAAAAACUCUUUAACCAGGAAUGAUCUUGCAGUGCUACAAGUUGUCUUUUAAUCCUUUUUGUUGCUCGGUUUGUAAAACGUAAUGUUGAGUGUAGAAUUUAAUAAUAAUAAUAAUAAUCAACAGUAAUUUUAUAUACAUAAGGAAAAUUCUCAGAUUUUCCCAAUCCUUAUAGCUUUCCUAUGAUAGAAACUGUCUUAGAAGCUGAUCAAAAGCAACUUUUCAAUGGACGUGGAAGUGUUUUUACUCAUUCUGUUUGUGGAUGUUUGAAUGCUCUUUCCUAAGGCUUAAACUUGUCUCUUAAUGGUUGUCUCUUUGUACAGAUUUUGAUUUAAAAUAAUUUACAGUUUUUAACAGUAGGAACUGAGGAAGUUAAUUCCAGUGGAGGAUAUAUUUAACAUUGCCAUUGAAGAAGUGAGUUUGGAAGGUGCAGCAAGUAACCUCUUACAGAAUCCAAACUAAACUAACAGUGUCAUGACUUGGGUUUAUGUUUGUGGGUUGCAUUGCUUCAGUUUUACAUCUAAUCAAUCAGAUUUCGAAGACACUGAAACCUUAAUUUAGACACAGCAGAGAUUUAAAAUAAUCUGUGUUGGGCAUAUUAGGGAAGAAGAAUCUCUUUCUAGAUUAUGUGACUUUUCCCACAGUAGUAAGGUGCAGUUUGUGCUUCGCAGAAGAGGGUUUGCUUUAUUUGGAUUUAUUCUGUACAAAGGCUGGAAACUGAAUGUGUAAAGAAUGGAAAUGAAUGUUUAAUUUUCAGGCAGUAGAAUAUGGAUUUUCCAUGCAAAACCAGUCACACCAAUAAUUGGAUUCACCCUGGGAUUUUUAUGAAUUAGUUACAGUAUCAGUAGCUGUCAUGUUGUUCUUUCUUUGUAGAUCCCAUUCUUAUGCAUUGUUUGUCAUUAUAUUCUUCUUACUGCUUUAUGCGAACCGAUACUUUCCUAUCUGAAAUCUGCCUUAGAUGCAGAAGCCCCCAUAGGGGCUUAAGCAUAUAGUGCAUUUUGGUGCAUUAACUGAAGUCUCAAGCAUGGAACAGAAUUUCUAAAGAACAAAGUGUUUGAAACAAAUUAGAAAGAGACAGUUAUGUUUUCCUCAGACUUGUUGGUGCUUUCUUCAUAGUUUUUUGUUGCUUAUUUUUGUUCAAAAGUACAAUUAGUACUUGGAAGAGUUUAUCAAAUUACCUAAUUACUUUUCUGUGUGCCAAUACACCAUGUAGAGAUUACAAUUCUUGAAUUAGUUUUCUGACAGUGUAGCCUUAAAUAAUUGUAGAACAGUGAAGUUCUUACAGAUUCUAUUCUGGAAAAUAUUUCAUCCUUUCUGCAUGUAAUCUAUUUGCUUUAAUGUUUAGAAUAUUUCACAUAGGUGUUCUCAAAGGUAAAGUCAUCUUAAGGUAUUAUAGCUAUGAGGAAAGGUGGUUAAUUCCUUUCAGUAUGUGGUGUGGGCAAGGUUGCGAUCUGUACAGACAAGUAUGAAAUCACUGUGCAGGAGUAUGAGAGGGCCCACAGUCUGUGUAGGACAUUGCUGUCUCCCACAUAUGGGGAGGCAUGGAGUAAGCAGAGCCAUGCUUCUGCUCCCUGCUCAGGAGCGUGGCACUGGUAGGAUUCAAAGCUUGGUCCCUGUGGUGCUGCCCCAUGCUCAGGACUUAAGGGACAGCUACGCAGUGACCAAGCAGCGAGUCUGAGUGUAAAGGCAGAAGUUAGGCAAGGUGUGAUGAAUUCAAUUCAUGUAUGAAUUGAAUACAGAUCGCUCUUACAUGUAUAAAUUCUAACAAAAAGUCUGUGGUAAAAUCAGAGAAUGAUGUUUGAGGGGAAGCCUCUUGGCCUGAGCAUUUCAAUGUGAAACUGCCAACACAUUGCCCUUUCAUUUAACCAAGAGUCGUAUUAAGCUCUUAUUCAUCACACUUUUCUGGAGGAAAAAUGGCUGUCUUGUCUAAAGCAGGUUUUUAAUAUUAUGGCUUGUCCAGCUGCAAGACAGACUGACUUCCUCCUUGAGCUGAAUUCUCAGUAAAAGUUCACCAUUCGUUUAACUCUCCCACUGAUGUACAUGCAUACCUCCCAUUAACGUUAAUAAGAGGAACCUAUGGGCAUCAACAGGAGUGGGGACCUGACCCUGGAAGUGUUAUGUGUAAUGGGAUCAGUAGGGUAGGGCAGUGAUACAGUGGGGCACCUGCAACAUGAUCAAAUGUGAUUCCAACUGUGAAUGGAGGUUUAAAAAAAAUAAAAAUAUCAGGAUACUUAGUUAUUUAAUCAUUAUCUCUUAUUUUUGUUUCUUCUGUUCCUCAGCUUGUGGAAAUGCUUGAACAUUAAAAAUGUUAAAGCAAUCGUCAAACAUCUUGAUUGCUUUAACUGGAAUAUUCAGCAAAGUUAUUGUUAGAACAUGCUGUCAAGAAUGCUCUGUAUUUUUGUUCUAUUUAACUCAGCUGCUGGAUUUUGUAGUGCUUCACAGCUGGGUUUCAGCCUACUUUGUUCUGGUGGUAGUUUUUGAAGGGGAAGUCAUAGGAGCAUUCGCUUGUCAGUGAAAGAAUUCCUGACAAAGCGACGUCAUCUGAGAGUGAGGGCGCUAAAACGAGAGAGGGCCUCACACUGAGGCAGCUGUAGUGACUCCACUUCCACUCGAGGAGCCUUGCGGUCCUUGGAGGGCCCUACUCAGAGAAACGGUGGUGUGCUUUGUGGGAGCUCAUACAUCCAAUGCUGCACGUGCUGCUCUGUGUGGGAGCCCCUCAGCUGCUAACCUAGCAUAUUUUAUAGACGUAAGAAGGGUAAAUAAGUGUUUAUUUGCAGGGUGAGUACAAACUGGCCUACAGUGAUGUGGAUUAGUUUAGCCUUAAGAACUUACCACUGCCCCUCCUUAAUUGCAAGCAGGGUUUCUUCCUUUCUGCAGACUAUGCAGAAAUCUUAUGCACCCAAUGUAUGUGUUUAUAUUACGCCUACCUGCAUAUGGCAUGAUCAGAUUAACAGUAGCAAGCUUAGUUUGUAUUUGACGUGGUGUUACUGAAUUAAUAAAUUGGUCUGAUACGUGCUGGGCCAGGUUUUGCUGCACAGGGUUUUGCUGAUAUAAUAGAGAAUAAGAUCUGUAUGAGGAGGAAUGUGCCAGGAGUUAGGAAAGUGGGUAGUAUUGCUCCUUUAGGAAUGAAGACCAGGGAACAACUAUGUCCAGAAAAUGGGCAAGGCUAGCCUAAUAGCAAGAAGCAUUCAUUCACUUCCUUGGAAGCAUUUACUGGUUGAGCUGGUACAAAGCUACCUGUCUCUGAGCAGCCUACUCAGGAGAGCAGAAGCAGUACUACCACACCACUGAAGGAAUACCUCAUGGACAUUCAGGGAUGUAAUUAAUGUCAUCCUUUUUGUCUUAUAUCUGAGGACAGGAGUCUUGCCCAUUUUAUCGAGUUAAUUCUUUUUCUGUGUUUUGCAAAUCCUAUGGACAUUCACUGCAUGCCUAGGGUUUAAAGUGGAUUGCUUUAUAACUUUUGGUUCAUUUCCAAAGCAUGACUUUGAGUGAAUUUUCAGAAUUAACUAGAAGCAUUAUCAUAGCUUUAAGAUGUAAGGUAAUUUCUAGGCCAUAGUGCAAGCAAGGAGCAGGGCUUUGAACAAAUUUUGAUGGUGAAUUUUGCAAAUGGCUUAUGACAUUUUAAGAAAAUUUCUAAGCGGUUGAAUGUAUUAGGGAAUAUUUACAAAAAAAAAAAAAAAAAGGAAAUAGAGCAAUGAUCUUUUUUACUAUACAGCUAGUUUGCUGUCCUUUCCAGUAAACCACAAGGUUCAUUAGUGCUCCGUACUGUUUUGUUUAUGAUAACAGUUUUUAAUGUGAUUUUCAUGACAAAGUGUAAUUAGUGAAACCUUUUAUUCAAUUUUCCCUUUCUUUGCUUUUUUUAAGGAGAGAUUUCUCCUUAUAUAGUAUAUAUACUUUCUUACAGAGCUUUCUUACCUAUUUUUCUAUAAGAUGAUUUAACAUUGUAAAAUUAAAUGCUCUAUGAGCAAGCUAUAUCACUGUUACACAAUCUAAAGUGCUAAUAUAAUGACUAAGGGCCUGAACCUACUGCCUUUUACUCAGGUCUUGGUUUAACCGCACUUUCUUCGUGUCGGGAAGAACCUUUCCCCAUAAGCAGUUCCAUCCAUUUCCCUGAAGUGACUCAGGGAAAGGUACAAUUAACGCGAAGAAGAGCGGUAAAACUGAGCCUCCUCUCCAUUCUUAGUGGGACGUCUGUCAUGAGUAAAGGCUGCUGGCUCUGUCCCAAAAGUGUAGUUAUAGAUUAUAGUUCCCUUGAUCUUCAGUAAUUUUGAAUUUGUUUUCUGGUGACUAUAAGCUAAUAACUGAUGGUAGUGAAUACAAAUAUUGAAUUGUGCUGUUAUCAGCAAGAUUAUUAAAAUGUGUUUCACAUUUUAAUUCAUUCUCUCAUUGGGAUAUAAGGAAUUGGGUUUGUGAAGCAUUUUAUUGCAUAGAGAUAGUACACAUUCGCCGCAUUUUUAAUAAGUGUAUGAAAUAUACGGUAUGUAGCAUUUUCUUGCUUACUUUUAUACUGCCUGUAUGCCACCGAUGCACUCGGUGCCUUGUUUCUUUUGUACAAGACCAAUAUGUAGAGAAACUAAUGUUAUCAUAUGUAAGCAAUGUCACUGCAAAUCAGAAGAUGUCUUAACCCGAUGAUUCCUAGUACAGGAGGUUUCAAAUGGCAGUUUGGUUUGACACAAUGCAUUUCUUUGAGUUUUUAGCUUUCCCCUUCCCUUCCUCAUCCUGCCUCUCCAAGAAACCUCCUCACACGACUGUUUAUUCCUAUCUGAUGCCUGUGUCUGAUCUAAGUCACAUGGUGUUAACCAAAGAACCAAGUCUGUUUCGAAUUCUUCGGACAAAUAUUGUUUGGACUUGCUGUUACUUAAAGACAGAAAUGACAUAACGGAUCUCUUUGAACAAAUAUAAAAUAGGCUUCUGUAAAUGUGACUCGCAGCUGAGAAUUCAAGAUACCUCUUUUCUGACUGGUCGUGCAUUAUUGUUUCGGUAGCAAUGUGUUUGAUUUAUAUUUCUUUGUGUAUUUUAAUCAAAAUCACAUCACAAACAAAAAUAUAAAUCAGUGCUAUCAAAUUAGCUUAUUUUACUCGUUUUAUACAUAUAUCUGAAGUGUGCAACUUUGAGAACAGAUUCAGCUUUUGUGUCUGAAGCCCUGAUAGUAUAUGAUAACUGUCUAGCAUAUGCUGGUCUUACGGAAACAGACUCAUGCUGCAUUAUACGUACAUUUCCUACUAGUAUCCUCUUCAUUGUAUAAUUUAUGGAAUAUAACAUGGUUUUCAACUAAUGCUUCAACUUGAAAUUCCUUAAAAUUCAGUGCAUGUAUAGCCUUAAACAUUUUAAGACACUAAGCACAGUUUUAAAGGGAAUAGGUUAUAUUUGCAAGUCCUGUUUAGAAAUCAGAGAAUUAUUUUUAUAUGUCAAUCAAAGAUCAUCGAAAAUGGGCAUAUUAAAGUCAUGUUACCAACACUGCUCCUAAUUAUAUGCAUUUAUAAAAAGCAUUUUGGCGGAACUUUUUAGACGUGAAACAUCACUGCUCAUUUUCUUUCUUGAAUUUGCUGAUUUUGUUUUCAUGCUUUCAUUUCUGUACAGAAUCUUGGAGCCUAUAAAGCAAUGUCUGACUGAAUUUUCCCUGUUUUAGAAUUUCUUGAGCUUCUCUUCUGUUUUGCUGUGCUUUUAAUUUGAAUAAGCAGUAAUUAAAAUUAUUUAUUUAUUUAUUUAUUUAUUUUUACAUUUUGACAGUAAGAAAGAGUGAAUGACUGUUUUCAACUGUUUACAUGGCUUAUUAAAUUCUUAGGACUUCAUUUGAAACUGUCAUUAUAAUCCAGAUGAAGACAUACCUUUCAUGGCGUUUCAGUCCACAGCAGGUGAAGACAGAGUUCUGACAAUGAAUGUACAGAUCUGCAUAUUGGGUGUCAAAUUGUAAAUCCCCAGAGGGAUUUAUAACUAUGUAUCACAUUGUACCUACAGCAUCUCCAAUUGUGUGAUGUCAGUUACAUCUUGUUUUGUUUCCUUUGUUAUUAACUAGCAAAAAAAAACACCCCAACACCCUACUUUUACCAUUUUAUGCUAACAUAUAUUAAUCUUGAGGGUUUCCAGUGUGUGAGAUUAGUUAGUGUUGUCAGCUGUCUUUCUGUUUAAAAAAAAAUAAUAAAAAGCUGGUCUUUCAGCAUAUGCAUUCCAUUACUAUUCUUAUUUUGGGGAGAAGCAAAAUGCCACCAGCUAUUUGUAGUUGUAUUUACCUGUACAGCACAGGUAACUUUAAUUCCAUAUUAGUUUGAUGAAAACAUGCUAUAGUAUAUUUUCAAAGUAUGGAUCUGUCACAACAUUAAAAUAAUCAUUUUACGUACCUGAAGCUUUGCAGCUGUGGUUUUCUAUUUUGUUUGCUCUCUCUAUUUGUAUUGAUUACUCUGUGAAAUGUGUUUUUGUCAGUUUUGGGACUGGAAUGGAUAUUCUUUGGUUAAUUCAAACUACUUUUUGUAUGUGGAAUCAGCUUUUUGCAUGUGAACUUAAUUGUUGGAAAGUAUUUGAAAAAAAGGAAAAAUUACCUUUAAAACUGGUUGUUGUCACUUUCCUUUGGAGUUAAUUAGAUCUUAAACAAAUGUAGUAGACUUCACUGUUUAGGAGAUACUAACGCUUGGACAACUGUUUGAACUCCUAUCAGCAUUAAAAGAAAACCAAUAAUUUUGGCAAGCUAACUAAUCCUCUCCCUAACACACUUCUUGGCUCUGUUUCCAAAUUUCCUAAGUUUCCCCAAUUCCCUCUCCAUUUCUCACAGUCUUUGUUGAUGUCAUGAAUCUUCUACUUAGAGAAAUUUAAAUUAACCAAUGUGAUAAUGUUCUGACAAAUAUGAUGUGUAUAUUGGCAAAUAAAGACACUCAGGUGAUAA